AUGUGCCGAACCUCAUCCGCGCGUCUUUGGUGCAACAACAUUCAAAGUAUAAGAACAAACUCGAAGCAACACUGCCGCUCAAUUUUCAAUGCUCCAAAACCAUAUUACGAUCACUGUACCGCCAGCCUGGGCUCUUCUCAACCAGGUAAACAUGGCCACCUGAACGAGAUUCAAGCGCAUGACUCAUCUACAUUAGACUGGAAUUCUAACGAUGAGUUUUUCAAAUUUACACGUGGCCGUUUUGUUGUUGAUGAGGCAGAGAAUCUUCGAAAGCGAGAGAUCAGAUUCGAUCUGAAUAGGCUCGCAAGUGUCGCGGCAGACUCUGUCGGCGCCGCACAAUGCAUCUCUAUCAAGAAGUUCCCCGACGGCAUGUUCAAUAAAUCGUUCCUCAUGUCGAUGGAUGAUGGCUAG